AUGUGUAUCAGGCAACAAGCUCGAAUGUUCCUCCAGCUGGCAUGCUUGGAAGCACUCCUCGUUUCGAAACGCUUGCUCGUGACCUUCAUGUGGGAUCUCCGAUUCUUCCGAUGGCUUCCCCCCUCCUCCCCCCCAAUGGUCGGUGCCGAUGCCUUUGUCGGUGCCAAUAGACACGGUUUGUCCUCCACUGCCAUGUGCGCCAAGAAUGCAGCCCUCUCCAUGAGGCAGCAGGCCUUGCGCGAUUUGCCUCUGUUGCAGUCUCCUUCUGCUCAUGCAUGGAGCCGUCCGCUCCUGGAACCAUCUGCAUUGGUCAACAGGCCAGCUCGUCAAACCGAAGGUUCGCGCUUGCGAGAAGACUUCUUGUUGCUUCAGCUAUCAAAGCAACACCCUUUUGCAACCCCCUCUGCAACUUCGGCUCACCUCAGGUUCUUGCAGGCCGAAGAGCGGAAACGUCUUGGUGUCAUCAAAGCUGACCCUAGUGGUGACAUCGGCGAUAUGGUUCGACCCGUCAAGCGAGUCAAGAUGUAUUGAGGCUGAGGCUGCUUUCCUUGACACCAACCAUACAUAGGUUGCCACGGCUGGAAAGGCUUCGUGUACGGUCCGAAGAUACCUGAAAGGGCUGUGCGCGGCCAGGAGAUCAAUGCUGGGUAGAGAAUAUAACCACUAUAUAAUUGAAUACAUGUUUCGAAGGGUC